CCUCCCACUGGCCUAUAAAAUCGCGAGCACCAACUAAUGCUCACGCCGUCGGCAGGAGUAGCCUACCAGCCGUCUGAUAUCAUCUGAUCAUUAUUUCUGCAUACACAGCUUUCACAUUUCACCGUCCUCAGACUCGGAAUAUAUCUUGUUUUUCAGAGAAAUCAUGGCGGACAGUCAAGUGGAAAAUAACAAGGAACUAAGGGCUAAGGUAAAUACAAAGGAAGGAGGCAAGAAAAUCAAUGUCUUAACUCCUGCCUCCUUUCAACGCCGUAUCACCAAUUUGUCUAUUUUGAGAACAUGCGGAAAAGAGCAGUUUUCCUUUUAGUCGUGAUCCAACAUUUGCUUGUGAAUGGCAAAAAUUAUGCAUGUAUCAGCUGUAUACUCUAUUGUUGUCCAAAUGUCUAAGGGAGAUGGAUGGAUGGGGAUGAGGACAGGCUGCCUAAGGUGUUGGUGCAGGAAGAAUCAGCUUUGUUCACCUCCUCCUUGACUCCUUAAAAAAGUUAUUUUGUAGUACUGUCUAUCUGUACCUCAAGUUUGUUCUCCGUAUUUUUAAAGAACAUUGUUGCCUUUUCUGUCUAAUGCAGGCGAGUUAUUGUGGUUCGUGUUGAUCUGUUCCAACUCUCCCAAAGAUGUGCCAACUAAAGCGGUGAAGUUACGCAUUGAACUGUUUCUCUGUCAUCUAUGAACCAAUUUUUUCAAGACGAAUCUUGUACAUUUAAAACAAUGGAUUUUCGAAACACUGGUGGGUGGAGGGCGGGGGUAUUUGAGUCAAGUGUGAAGAUAGGGACACGCUUAUUCGUGUUACCCUUCAAUACCGGCUUAGGCUCAUUAGUCUGUAACCCUGAUUGGUGACGCGACAGUACGAUAAUCUUCAUUUAUUAAUUUGAGCUCCGGCUGUGAGCGCGCACGGAUCCUUUUUUAGUACCCUAUUGAUAUUGUCGCGGUGAAGGCACAGGCAGCAUGUUAUUAAAACGGGGGGCCAAAAUGUGCCCCGGUGUUGUGCCGUAGAAUGCACCCCCUUCAUCCCAGCCACUCAUUAGCUUUUUAAAGUGGAAGGAAAUGAUCUCAUGUUAAAAAAACACGAAUAUUGGGUCAUGACAACAUGUCAAAUGGAGCAGCAAACUUUCUUUCUGUUUUUAUGUGUCUCAAAAAUGCACAUAUAGAGAUGUACUAAACUGUACAGUAAGCUGUUAAGAUAGAGAACAUUAUAUUUUCGGGACAGCUAAUAUUCCGAAUCAGAGGGCUAGUGUUUAAGGCUUAUCUGAAUAGCCUUAAUGAAAUCAUUAAAGGCACACGCGUUUGAAUCCACUCAACGGUAGGGAAAACUUGGAUUAUUUCGCCUUGUUAAGUACUUUCAACCGCGCUCCCGUGAGGGGGGCAUUCUACGGCAGGGGUGCAUUCUAAGACACAACACCGGCUCCUCUCUCGGUGUCUUAUUGACCGCGCUCUGGCAUCUCUCCAUCCCUGCUCUAUUAGGUUGGUGGUUCCGAUGUGAGACUUAUAUCUUGUUUAGUCCCGCACGACCUUGGCCCGGUGACAGCUAGAAAUUAAGUGUUCAAAAGUACGACAUAAGCAUACAAAGCGGAGAUAUAUGUAGAGGCUAUGGAUGAAUAAUACAAAACCAGUGCUUUUCUCUGGUCUGUCACCUGGGGAACUGGUGCGCGAGGGGCGCGUGCUCGCUGUGCACAGUUUGUCUGGCUGUCGCGCGCACACGCAGCUGAAUGGAGUUAGAACACAAGCGUCUGGGAAAGCCUAUUACAGGAGAAGACGGGUAGAGGGUAGACUGGCUAAUGGUUUUCGGGGAUUCCUAAGAGAAAAGAUGGAGUAGCUACUGUAUUGACCGAUCAGAGAGUGAAUAGAGACAGCAAGGAAGACAACACUGGAAACAUGGCUUAAUUAUAAGUUAUUGUGUUUAGUGUCACACGCUUCCUGGUGGAGAAGCACUGGACUUUUUUGUGUCUUUGCAGAAGCAAAGCAGGUUACUUGCCUUAGCAUUUGCUCUAAAGAAGUCACGGGAGUGUGCUGUAGGGGAGAGUGGGGUAAGUUGAGCCAAGGGGUAAGUUGAGCCACCCCUUGUUGCUUGGAAAUGGUAAAAGAAAUUGGUCAUGUGACCAAAUAUUUAGGAGAUGGGCAUCAAUUCAUGGAGUCUGUUAAGGUUAGAAGCACAUGGGUGAAGGGGUUAGACAUUUAUUUCUAAUAAAACAUUUUUUACUCUUCUAAGUGAAUUUAGUCUGUCAUAAGUUUUAUUAGAAUUGUGUUCCGACCAAAAAAGAUCAUUUUAAAUUUGUUUUAUACAUCAAUUGUGGUAUCUAUGAGCUACAACAUGAGGUCAAAAACCGAGCAUAAAAGUCCACCAUUUUAGCUUAGAGGACUAAUAAAGUCAUCAUAGUAGUUCUGGGGUAAGUUGAGCCAGUGGCUCAACUGAGAAAGUGAAGGAGUCUGAUGAGAGGAUCAGAGUUUCAGUUCAGAUUGUUGAAAUGUUUUACAUUUUCUUUUCAAAAAUACAGCUGUGAAUGUUCUGAAUCACUUAAAGACAUUCUCAUGUUAAAAUGGCUUUUAACAAAACAGCUUUUUAGCAGUUAUAUGCAAUAAUAAUAAAAAAUGAUAAUUGUAUCAGUUGAAUAGCGUAUAAUAGAUAAAAAUACUCAUGAAUGUGAAGAAGUGACUGUUAUUAAGUCAUGUAUUUAAGGUGAGGGAGGGCUGGGGUGGAGAGUGUGUGUGUGUGUGUGUGUGUGUGUGUGUGUGUGUGUGUGUGUGUGUGUGUGUGUGGGUAGUAGGGAUAUGGCUCAAUUUACCCCGCUCCUAUGGUCAACUUACCCCCAUACACAGGGUAAGCUAAGCAUAGGAGACCACUUUUUUGGCAUGAUGUAUUAUCAAGACAUUUAUGUUUACACUCAUUCUUUUGGUUUGCAGUGAUGCACAACAUCUUGAAAUAUAUGCAGAUUCACUAGUUAGAGACAGAAUUAUGAUUGUCUUGAUAUUGUGAUCCGAAAUAUGAAAAAUGUCUCAUCUUACCCCACUCUCCCCUACCUGCUGCGCUGCUGGCAGAUGUUGAUGCAAGGUUUCUACUCAUGGUUUAAAGAUUUACGAUUUCUCCACACAAACUGCAGUAUGGUUAGACGUUGAAAGAAGUCAUCCAGCCAGAAAGUCAGGAGGAGCUUGGAGAGGACUGACAAAUAGGGGCUCUGGGUUCGGAGGCUUUAGACAUCUGUAUGAGGCAACGUAUCCUGCCCAGCUUCACAGACCUGAAGUGGGUGGAGAGGUUUUUUCCCAUUAACAACAACAAAUCCUAUUGACCGUUCUUCAGUUCAGCAGGCCCAACCCCCUUUUACAGUUUUAAUACAUUUUUACUCCUUAAAUCAUAUAAAACCUCUCAAACCUUUUUUUUCAGAGCAUUGUCUAUUCAGAAUAAGCUGAGCAUGAAAAUGAAUCUCUUAAUAUCAGAUAGGCAAACGUAACUUAACCUUAAGAUGCUAUCAUGGUUACACAUUUGUUUGCUGAUAUAAUCUGAAUAAAGAGUGUUUUUGGACCAGGUCUAGUCUAUGUUUGUAUCUCUGUGCUCAACACAAUGUAUCAUCAAAAGCACACUAGAUGUCUGCAAAGUUUGAAGAAGAACUUGAUUGAUCCCCGAAGGGAAAUUCAAUGGUUGACCAUAGACCAAAAAUUGAACCUAUACUGAUCAUUUGUCAUAUAUGUGUGUCUAAGAAUAUUUCUCAUUUCAGGAGCUGAAGGAGAAGAAACAGGUUGAGGAAAAGAAUGGGGAUGAUGCUGCUGCCAAUGGAAAAACUGUAAGAACACACACACAUAAACACGCACAGUGUGUGGAGCACCAGCGUUUCUUUUUGUCUUCUGGUAAUCAGUAUAACUUUGUCUUGCUGUGGCAGGAUGAGAAGAAUGGUGAACAGCAGAAUGAAGUCGAAGAGGAUGAGGAUGAUGUUGGAGAGGAUGAAGAUGAGGAUGGAGAGGGUAGGUUAAUACAAACCAUGCUUAAACAUCUACAGUGUUUGUAUGCACAUACCUGUUUAUACUGGUUCCCUGUAAACGUUUUCAUCCCAACUCAGGUCUGAGGUUGAUGGUCAGACUGGUAAAAAAAAAUACCAGCACAUUAAAAAGGGGGAAAUGGACCCCACCCACUUUAUGGGGAUGCUGUGUUAAAUAUUAAUAAAACAGAUUUUGAAGGUUUGAAAAUCUUCGAUCAAACCUCUUAAGUAUUCAUUUGAUAUAAAGCUGUGCAGAGACACUUUUUCAAAUGUUGAAACUGAAAAAUGUAACUCUUGUAAAAAUACUUAUUUCAAAUUUGAUGCUAAAAGGACAUUUCAAAAAAGUUAGGACAGGGACUAUAAAAGUGAAAGGUUAGGAACAUGACUUGUAUGUUAGAGGCUUGGGUUCUGAGGGGAGGUUUUCUACUCUGAGACUGUGUGGUUCAGCAAUUUUAGAAUGAUGUUUCUCAGCAUAAAAUUGCACAAAAUUUGGGAAUUUGAUUAUUUGAUUACCACUAUUUUUCAGAAUUUGGCUUUGGUCUCAAGUUGAGUGUUUGGAUGACGCAUGAAUUAAGUUUGAAUGGGGGGAAACAGGCAGGCAGGACCCUCCAUCAGAGCCUUCCUCUGUAGGGUUAGCCAUACGUUUGCAACACAUCAUGCAAAUGCACAAUGCAAGUUCUGUGGAAAGAUGUUGAGAACUUACACUAUCUCAACAGGAAGAAUAUAACAGGAGUGUUAUAAUAUUAAUAAAUACACUUGAAAUAUAAAUAAUGUACAGAUUCAUGUUAAGUAUUGUAGAGACUGUUGUUCAGCGGUAACAAAUAGUCAAUUCAUUUAGACUAUGAAGAGCUGGAGGCAGGGAUUCUUGCAGAAAAUGGCAAUAGAUAGUCAUGAGAAAGCACAAGACUACUGAAAAGAGGGUGAAGAAUAACAUCCAACUACGGGAUCAAAAUGCAUAUUGAACAAGACAGAAAUGAGAGAGGAGUUGAGUGCAGCACUGGAUUUGUCAGCAGGGCAUGAAGAGAAAGUGUCCACUCCUGCAACCAUUUGGGAAGAGUACGUUACAGAUCUAUGUUCAAGUCAGAUCUGAAGGAGAGAAAUCCUGACUGCGGCCCUCUACGCCUCCACCAGCAAAAAUAACAGUAUCCAUCAUUGUUUUAAUGUCAUUGCCGCAAUGCUGUGUGCACUACAUAGUAAUGCAGAUGGAUCAUGGGUUGGGACUCAGUGUUUUAUGACCUAGGGUGUCGUCUUCAGCUUUAUGUCCAUUAAACAACUCAUGGAUGUUUGUGCAAAUUUAGGUGAUGAAGAGGAGGACGAAGACGAUGAUCUUGAUGGACCAAGAGGGAAAAGAGCAGCUGAUGACGACGACGAUGAUGAUGAGGUAUGGAAGAGUUACCAUGAAACAUGUGUUUGGUAAUAGAGGAUGCAGUAAUAAUAAAGGACAGUGUAAGAUCUGCCACAUCAGCGAAGAUCCUGUCUGGGUACUACUGAAUCUCACUUAGUUUUUUUUUUUUUUUGUUUUACUCAUAGGAUGAAGUUGAAACCAAGAAGCAGAAGACUGAUUAAUAGUCUGUGAUGCCUGUUCUGUUAAGAAAAGGGAACCAUCAAGAGACAGUCAGUUUUACAGCAAACCUUCAAACACCUCAGUCGUCCCUUCUUGACAAGAAAAACUUUUAUUUGUAUUUUAUUUAAAUUUGAUAUUUUUGUAAAUAGUUGAAGGAGGUUGGCCAUUUUGCAACAAUAAUCUCUCUAAGUAUAAAGUGGUGCUUUUGAGACUUUCAGAUCCUGUCUACAGCUCUUCUUAUGAACUAACCAGCGGCACAAACACCACUCCUACACACCUUGGACUUCUUUAUUACAGUGUAGGAUUUUGGGGUAAAUACAAGCAAGGCGUGUUGACUUUUUAGCCACAUGGGACCAUAACAUUAUCUUAGCAUUUCUUAGAGUGCUUAGUUUGUAUUAAUAUUUUGUAUAAGAUUGUAAGGCUACCAUUCCUGCUGUUUGUUUGUCUCGAAUUGUGUGCCUGUAAUGGUCAUAGCCAUACGUUUUUAUGUCUGUUAUCCAGUUGAAAGACAGUCAGUGUAUUUUUUGCUCUGACUGUGUUAGUUUCCAUUACUUUUUACCGCUAAAUAUGACAUAUUACUGAUGCGUGAUAUGUUCUUCAAAGAGAAGUAUGAAGAUGUCAUUUCCUCAUACUGGCCAUGUUUCACAGUUGAAAACGGUCACCACAUUGUUGCUGAUUUCUCUGUUUGGAAAACUAAGAAACCACAUUUGCUUGAUCAGUAAGGCUGUAAGUCACUUUUUAAAAAUAGUUAUUUUACUUUGAGUCAAGGAUUGUAGAACACAACCUGGUUUAUUUACACAUAGUGGCUCUGUAUACUUUCCAUUUAAAAACAUUCACACUGUCAGGUUGCACUUUUUCUGGUCGACAGUUUCAAUAAAGUUUAUUUAAAACAAA